AUGGAGAGGACAAACUCCCGGAGACGCAAAGCCAAGGUCAGCGAAGCCAACUCGCCGGUUGAUGCUUCGGUUAUGGUCGAGUUGACGCCACCCAAGGACGAGGUUUCUACAGCUUGCAAGGCACCGUCAUGGCUUCCGAAUACCGCCUGUUGGGUUGUGGUGUUGCUGAUAUUCGUCUUAACCGCAGCCUUUCUUCUCGCUUACCCUGAAGGCCUUCCCUUGAUCAAUGAGCAGAAACCCACGACGAUCCAAAUACACGGGGAUGAACAAUACCAUGGAGGCGUCGGUAUAGUUCUUCAUCCCGAAUCUCAUGUCAGCCGUCCACCCGCUACACUGUGCUUUGAUUGGCGAGUCACGAAGGCUUUCCGCUCGCCGGACGGCGUUCGAAAGGAAGUGUAUGUCAUUAACGACCAGUUUCCCGGUCCAACUAUCGAAGCUCGCUCUGGAGAUCGAAUCAUUGUCAAUGUCACAAACCUCCUCCAUAAGGAAGGCCUUGCUAUACACUGGCACGGUCUGCGGAUGAAAGAUGCUAAUGACAUGGACGGCGCAGUCGGCUUGACGCAGGCCCCAAUCCAGACAGGCGAGACCUUUUUGUACAAUUUCACAAUUGGCCACGACGAGUUCGGCACCUUUUGGUACCAUGGCCAUGAAAAGACACAGCGAGACGACGGUCUCUACGGUGGCUUCAUCAUCCAUCGCCCUGUUGAACAGUCUGAUGAGAAAGAAGUGUAUGACUAUGCUCAGGAAGUCUUGCUUCUGAUAGGUGAUUGGUACCAUCGGCCAAGCACUGACGUCCUCAGGUGGUACAUGAAUUCCAGAUCCUUUGGGAACGAGCCCGUGCCUGACUCUCUUCUCAUCAAUGACCACGGCAAUUUUGACUGCGACAUGGCAGUUCCUGCCCGACCUCUUCAAUGUACUCCUCCAGCGGCAAGAGAUGAGCUGCCGUCACUGCGCUUCGACCGCGGUCAUCGUUAUCGUCUACGCUUGGUUAAUACCGGAUCCCUCACUGGGUUUUCUCUCAAGGUGGAUGCUGCGAGUCUGUUCCCUUUCCAGGUUGAUGGUGGCAACAGUAUCGAUAUGGCCGAGGCGCAAAGCAUUGGCAUUGUCUAUCCUGGAGAAAGAGUCGAUGCCAUCCUGCUGCUCGAAUCAAAUUACCGUCGACGAGAGCUAACUAUCGAAAUGGAUGACGAGAAUUUCAAGUACCCCAACCCGGCACUCACCCCGAUGCAGACAUUCCCAGUCACUUCUUCACCGAGCGACGGCGAUGCUACCCAGCCUGUACCCCCGAUGCUCGAGUAUUACAAUCUACAGGCAGCCGUAUCCGGCUCCGGGUCCUUGACAGGGAUGACUGAAGAGCCGCUGAAGUUUGUGGUCUACACGACAACAAUGAAAUUGGCCAAGCAUCACAACAUCCCUAUGGGAUUUAUCAAUCACACCAGUUGGUCACCUCAAGCGGAGCCACUGAUCUCACUACCUCGAUCACAAUACGACCGAAACCAGCUAUCGCCUCACGUUGGAUUGUGCCAGACAGAGAACGAGACAGCUGCUUGCAACGAAUGGGUGGAGGUAGUCAUCAACAACCUUGACGAUGGCGGACAUCCUUUUCAUCUGCACGGUUACUCGUUCUAUGUUGUCUCGGUAUUUCCACCUCCCAUCCCGUGGAGUAGUGAGAAGCCACCUUUCACACCAGGUGGAUCCGGGAUGUACAAUUACAAUCCCUUUACGACCACGUCAGCUGUUUCGCCGGCAGGGCCAUACAAUCUGGCAAAUCCCGUAGUGAAGGACACGGUCUUCGUUCCACAAAGAGGCUAUGCUGUUAUCAGAUUUCGAGCGGAUAACAAAGGCAUCUGGAUGAUGCAUUGCCACGUUGGCUGGCACCUGGGUAGCGGGAUGGCCAUGAGUUGGGACGUCAGUUGA